AUGACGGACUCCGAGUUGGAGGGGCCAACCGGGCCUAGGCAAAGUUCUUGUUUACAAUCACCAACUAAGAAAAUAGCCCAGUUUGAUGCUGAAAUUGGGCGAUCAAAAGGACAACGCAAAAACUUUGAACGCAAGCAAACAAUCAACAGGAAGCGGGAGGCAUAUGCUGCUGGUCUUGCUGAAGCUGGUUGGCCACGUCUAUCUAGCGUCCCCAAACAGUCCCUUUUGAGUCCCCCUCGAGCCCCGCCUACACCCAGCAAUGGUAACAGGACAAUGGCAAAGGGGAAAGGCAGAGAAGAACUCCCCCCGGCAAUUGCCAAACGCGGACGCAUAACAAGCCCUGAAGCGGAGGAAUUUAGUUGGCCGUCUGAUCCCGGGCCCAGACCCAAGUCAAGUGGCAAUGUUAUUCUGGACGGUGUCAACAUUGAGGAAUGGAACUGGCAACGUCUGCUCUUUUACCUUUCCCACCGCAACAACAAGGCCUUUAACCCAAAUUCCGACUACUCAGACUUGAAGCGCGCCCUUGGUAACAACCCGGAAUGGGCCUCAGAUACCAACGAGAUGGGUGUAAGGGACCAAAGACAAGAUCAAGGUCCCAACAUGGCCAACAGUGACAGCAAUGUUGAAAUAGACAAGUUUGAUACCAAACCACCCCCCCGCAAACCAGUUCCCGUUCGUGCCAUCAGUCCGCCCCUUGCACCGGAGAUCACAUUGACCAAGCCGUCUGUCAAUUGCAUUCGGAGUUCUCAGUCCGCUACAAACCUAUUCUCAACCAAGCGACCGGCGGAACCCGAAAUCAUCUUCAAUGUCUACUAUUGCUCCCGGGCUGCAUUUCAACCGCAGUUGGGUGCACGUGAUUUGGGGCGGGCCCUGCCUCCAGCCCGAGGCUCCAAUUUGCCAUCCCAUUCCCACAGCAUUAACUACACCAAAGAGCCUGGCAACCCCUUGCGGCCUUUUGAGCUCCCCCACCCCCCUUCCACUUUAGUCACAGAUUGGCUCUCCCAGCCGGGUAAUAGUCGUCCCGCCGGCCCAUGGCAAGGACUUGAGCAGCGUGGGCCUGCUGAGGCUUCAAACCUUGGUCAACCUUUGGCUCCAACUCGCGCCUCCUCAGAGGCCCCAGCUCGUGCCUUUUCACAGGCUUCAGUAUACGGCCGUGCUGCUUCUCAAGCUCCCCUCACCCACAAAAUUUGCAACCACAAGACCCAUCCUGUCCGCCUUCAUCUUGUGGCCGUUCUUCAGAGGGCCAAGGCCGUUACCGUGCCCCCUCUCAGGCUCCAACUUGGCCUAGAUCCCCGUCUCCUAUCCACCACCACCGUGCGCAUUCAAGCUCAAGGGCCUCACUUCCUCCACGUGCUCCUUCUCGUGCUCCGGCUCCCACCCGUACCCGUACCCAAACCAACCAGCAACCACAAGCUAGCGGCUGUGGUGAUGAUCUUGAGCGUGCUUUGCUUACCAGGGCUGAGCGCAAGCUCCUUUCCCGGGCUCUGGAGGCAUCUAGAGCUGGUCGACCUUUCCAGGUCCCAGGUUCGACCACAAGUGCCCCUUCAGAAUGUUGGGCAUCCGCCAGUUCUAGGUCAUCUGGUCGUCAAAAACAGAACCAACGGAGAUCUGUAA